GAGAUCUGUCGUAAAGUAUACUUUGCAGUCGACGAUUACACCAAAGCAGAGUUCAUUAUCGCCAAUAGCUUCCUAUCAUACGUCUUUGGAGAGCAUGCUGUGAUUCGUGGGGAUGCUACCUCGCGAGAUUAUUGUAAUCUCUGCCGAUCAAAUCUCGGCAACGCGAUAUCGCGUCUCCCUCUGUUCCUACCCGCCUCUAUGGAAAUGAUUGCGGCACUCACAUUAGGAGCUUGGACUCUGCUCACGAAUGCCCUGAGCCUCUGCCAAACUCUUGGGUACCACCGCCUCAGCAAUUCAAAAAGAGGGACGAGUGCUGACCAAGAUGUUCAGAAACAACUCUUCUGGGCAGUCUUUGGUUACGAAAGCGGGCUCUCUCUCAGGCUUGGCCGGUCUUCGGGCAUUCGGGACAGUGAUAUCGCAACACCUGUCAAUCUGAAUGAGCCGCGCUUUAUCAAAGUUUCACGAGUCCAGAGACAGGUCUAUGAUCGGCUAUAUAGUCCAACUAGUCUCUCAGCAAGUUCUGACGACCGUUGCCAAACCUGCCAAAGGCUUUCUCAGGAGAUGCGAGCAACAAUCGACGAGACCCGCGCCGAACUAUCUGCGACAAGGGAAGCCGAGGCUGGCAACUCUGAAGUGGAUCCUAUGAGAGUCAUAUAUCUUCAAUGUGACUUUGUCUGCCAGUCCUCGCUUCUCGCCUUGAUUCUCAAGGCAAUUCCCCCGGGGCAGCAUCCAGACAUUCCUGAUAAUUGCAUCGCUGUUGCUCGCAGCACCUUGGAUAUGCAUGAAAGAUGCAUGGAAGGGAUGCAACGCUGUAAAGAUUUGUUGGUUGUCCGGAAAUAUGUCAAUUGCAUCCUCUUCACACAUGCUAUUGAGAGACUCGAUAUGGAGGAUUUCGCUCGCCUAGAACGAUUCGCAGCGUCAUUGAAACUUGAGGCUGCUGAUACCGAGCCACUCACACACCCGCAUCGACUAUACGAACUCCUUUGCAAAGCCGGCCGUCUAUACAUCAGUUCCAACACGCUCUCAUCUCAGCUUGGUGAUACUUAUCCCAAUAUGCUGGCUAACUUAGCAUCAACUGAGCAAAUGAGUAUCAUGACGGAAACGGGGAUGGCGAUACAAGGCCCUGAUUAUUAUGGGGAUUACAUGUUGGACCUUGGUGGCUGGUACCAUGAUAAUCAGCAGCUAAUGAGUUUACUGGAUGAGGAUUUCAUGUUUGAGUAG